AUGGAUCUGCCUUAUUACCAUGGCCCUCUGUCCAAGCAAGACUGUGAGACCUUGCUGCUCAAGGAAGGAGUGGAUGGCAACUAUCUGUUAAGAGACAGCGAGUCGAUGCCCGGGGUCCUGUGCCUCUGUGUCUCGUUUAAAAAUUUUGUCUACACAUACCGAAUCUUCAAAGAGAAACAUGGGUAUUACAACAUACAGACUGUGGAAGGUGUUAAACGAGAGAUCUUUCCAAACCUAAACGAACUGAUCUCCAAGUUUGAAAAGCCAAAUCAAGGACUGAUAUUUCACCUCGUAAACCCAAUAAAGAGAACCAGAUCCUGCCUGAGAUGGAGAAGAUCGAAGAUAGAGUUGGAUGGUAUUUAUGAGAACAGUGGCAGCGACUAUGUGGAUGUCCUGCCUUGA